AUGGACAAUCCUGGUACAGUUUUAUCAACUCUAGCUCUUACAUCAGCUAUCAAAUAUUCCUUUAGUCUGGUAUCGUGGAAACAGAAGAAGAAGAAAUAUGAAUUAAUAGGAAAAGUGUCUGAAAUUAACACGUAUCCAAUCAAAUCUUGUGGUGGAUUUGGACUAUACUCUGCUGAUGCUACCAGACUAGGUAUUAGAGUUAAUGGUUUGUACGAUAGGCAUUGGUUAGUAGUCAAACCCAAUGGGGAUUUUCUAACCAUGAGACAGUAUCCACAACUAGCUUUAAUAGAGACACGAGUAGAGAAAGAUGAUCUAGUAGUAAUGGCUAGUGGUAUGACAGAUUUAAGGAUCCCAUUACGGCCACCGUCAGACAGAAGUAAACUGCGUCGAUGUAGGGUAUGGGAAAAUCAACUACAAGGUCAAGACUGUGGUGAUGAAGUUAGUCAAUGGUUUAGUGAAUAUUUAAAAACAGAGGGUAUAAGAUUAUUAUUCUCAGCACCGGAGUUAAUGAAAGUACAAACUGAAUCAAAACAACAUCCAUGGGGGAACAUUGUAGCUUCACCGGGAGAUCAGGCGGGAUAUCAAGAUGAAUGCUGUGGUUAUUUAAUAAUGAACCAACAAUCUUUAGAUGAAUUAAAUAGGAAACUAGUCGAACCAGUUACAUUCGAUCGUUUCCGACCUAACUUAGUGAUAGAUGGAGCUCCACCAUUCGAUGAGGACACCUGGCAGGAAUUGGCAAUAGGAGAACAGUUAAAUGUAAGAAUUUUAGAACCUUGUGCUCGAUGUCAACUAGCUACAAUUAAUCCAGAAAAAGGAGGUAAAAGUGAGGAUGGUGAACCGCUUAAAACAUUAAGGAGAAUGCGAUGUAAAGAAAAGUAUGGAAACUUUCCUCUUUUUGGAGUUCUCGCUGCUGUUGAUGAAGAAGGGCCAAUAAAUAUAGGGGAUCCCGUGUAUGUUCUCAGGAAACCACAACAAGACAUAACUGUCUGA